AUGGUUUCACCAACUCACGAGCAUGCCCUUCUUCCGUUCCUGAGAGCCCAGUCACAGAACACUCUUGUGAGGCUGUACGCGCGCCCUUCGGCAUGCCUUUCCGUCUUUAGGCAAGUUUUGCCGCUACUUCUGGCCCCUUUGGAAAGGCACAUUUUGCUAUCAUUGCUCUGGCUCGAUGGAGGCUUGCAGCCACAGAGUCUGGAUGCUUGGGUUAAGGGAACGAAUGCAGCUAAAAUGCAACAUUCUAUCUCCUCUCUCAAAGCCUUAUACGUUGUGCCUGAGACAAAUGCAAGUAUUUCGCUAAAUCCAAUUUUCCGCGAGGGUCUACGAGUUGCUAUUCGGGGUGGAGGCCAACAUAACUCUUUUGGGACUCCCUCCGAGAAGAGUGACGGAUCUAUUAGGGAACGAGGUGGCGACGGGAGAAAGCAGCCCGUCUCGAUCGAGUUCCUCGAUAAGCACGCAUCACAAAAGUGGGAGGCAAUAUUGCAUUUUAUGGUGUCAUCUGGAGCGGAAGGGGGGCCACGACCUUCGGAAGGUGUUCUGUAUCUGCUUAGGAAAGGUGGCCUCAUGGCUGCCAUUUCCCCAGGUUCACCGCAUAUGAGUAUUACGUCCCGCGGCUUCCAAUUCCUCCUACAGCCUCCUCAUGAGCAGCUUUGGGAUCUAUUGUCACAGUCGUUACAAAUGUCGGAGGUUCGCGGCAUGGACAUCGUUGAAGUGCUCAGCUUUCUCUUCAUGCUCUCGACCAUGGAACUUGGCCAAGAUUACUCUACCGAACUGUUGACGGAAACCCAGCAGGUCAUGCUUGAAGAUUUCCGGGAUUACGGUCUCGUGUACCAACGGAAGGCCAAAUCGAAACGCUUUCACCCAACGCGACUCGCUACCACUCUGACCUCGUCCGUCCCACCUCUUCUUGCGUCAAGCAUGAACACUGGUGCACCACCAGGAGCCCCAGACCAACAAGGUUUCAUUAUCAUUGAGACUAACUAUCGACUAUAUGCUUACACAGGUAAGAUAGCAUUCACGACGCGGGACCCACUCACCAUCCAAAAUACUUCAUCCAGAUAA